AUGAUUGCCGCCAAAGACCUGAAGCACAACCUUACGGAGGAGAAGCAGAAACACGAGAAGACCAAUGGUGCUCCCGCCUCCCGUGGCCCUUCGCCUAACCGUGGCUCCUCCCUACCCGACCACCUCGCUGUUGGCCCAGACUCUGAAUCCAAGGAGGCCUGGCGUCAACGCCGUAACAUUUCGCGAGCGAGUCAAGUCAAGAUCGUCAAGCUGUCUCACAUGCGCUACCAGCACCCGGACUUGAACGUCAUCACCACCUUCCUCCGCGACUUCGGCCUGCAUGUUACACACAAGACACCCACCCAGCGGUGGUACAGCGGUUAUGGACCUGAUCAGUACGUCUACUACGCCCAAGAGGGCCCGGCCAAGUAUUUGGGCGGCACCUUCGAGGUCGAGUCGGAGGCCGAGCUCGAGAAGAUCACCAAGCUGCCUGGCGCCAAGGUCCUCAACGAAGGAGUCCAAGAGAUGAGCGACGCGCCUGGCGGCGGCAAGAUGCUCAGCAUUCUAGAUCCCGAGGGCUUCCCUGUGAACUUCGUUUGUGGGCAGGCACCCGUCACAGAAAAGCGCAGCAUUCCGGAAAAACUCCUUCUCAACGACGAGAGUGACAAGCCGCGCCAGAAGGCGUUUCAGCGCUUCGAGCCUGGUCCCGCUGCCGUACACAAACUGGGACACUUUGGCCUGAACGUCGAGGAUUUUGCUGCACAGAUGGACUGGUACACGCGCCACUUCAACAUCUGUCCUUCGGACAUCCUGUACGUGCCGCUGGACGGCCAGACGGAUGACGAGGGCAAACCGAAGCGCAAGGAGGUGGCUUUGUUCGCGCACAUCGAUCGUGGCAACGACCUGGUCGACCACCACACCAUGUUCCUGACGACCUUGACGCCCGGGGUAGAGAAACACGUACACCACUGUAGCUUCGAGGUGCACGAUUUUGACACACAGGCGCUGGGUCACCAGUGGUUGGCGGGCAAGGGGUAUGAAUCCGUGUGGGGUGUCGGCAGGCACAUUCUAGGAAGCCAGAUCUUCGACUAUUGGUGGGAUCCUAAUCGGUUCAUGGUCGAGCAUUACGCGGAUGGUGACCUGGUGAACCAAGAUACGCCGAUGGGCUACGGGCCUGCUGGGCACGAAGGGUUGGCAGUCUGGGGCCCGGACGUGCCGAAAGAGUUCCUGGAGUAG